AUGGAAACUGAUUCCAAAAGCAAUUCAUCUCUCUUGCGGGUUUAUGUUGGUUCGGAGGCUGGGCUCAAGAAGCUUGAUGAAUACCUAUUAUCUCGCAGUUACAUCACAGGGUAUCAAGCUUCAAAGGAUGAUCUCACUGUCCAUGCAGCUUUCACAAAACCCCCAUCACCACAUGGUGUAUCUGCUGAAGGCAGUGGUGUUGUUGUUGAGGGCUCGGCUUCUUUCCCAGAAGAAGCCAUUGCAACUCCUCUUGUUGCUGAUACAAAGGCAUCUAAUGAAGAUGAGGAUAGUGACGUGGAUCUUUUUGGUGAGGAGACUGAGGAGGAAAAGAAGGUUGCUGAAGAACGUGCAGCUACAGUGAAAGCGUCUGGGAAAAAGAAAGAAUCUGGGAAGUCUACGGUGUUGUUGGAUGUCAAGCCUUGGGAUGAUGAAACUGACAUGCAAAAGCUUGAGGAACCUUGUCUAUUGAUACAAUCAUUGAAGAAAGGCUUACUGCAGAGCCAAUUAAUGAAUAUGUUCAGAGCUGUGAUAUUGUGGCCUUCAAUAAGAUAUAAUUCCUGCUUGAUUUGGUGGGACAGAAGAAAGAUGUAG